GAAAUGGGAAAUGAUGUUAAAAGUCAUUUGUGGGCAGCUGUGAUGGAAAAAUUUUCAAACCCUGAGAUGGAGGUAUAUAAGGGUCAUAUGAUCAAGAAGAUGAAUAAGGCGUGGACCAAUUAUAGGUGUGAUCUCAAUCGUAAUUAUAUAAAACCUUGUGCUUCCCCGGAAGAUGCUCUUGAAAAUGUGCCUAGCUGGAUACAAAAAGAUGAUUGGGAAUGGUUGUUGAAAGAGCAUUACCUAACUGAAGAGUUUGAGAAAAUAAGUGUAAGAAACGCAAACAAUAGAGCCCAAGGAUCAAUGCCUUGUCUUCUUGGAAGCAAGUCAAUCGGAGAGCUUACAUAUGAAAAGGUA